GGUCUGGUCUGCAUAAAAGGGACUGCGGCAGGACACUCCUGCCACAGAAACGUACCAGCAGGCACACGGCAUGAGGCAGUUGGCGCUCUUUCAGCUAAUCCUGGUGGCUAUCCAGAGUCCUGGCUGGCAGUGCUUCGAGUUGCAGUUUCUUCAGCAACUCAGAAGCGAACUGCACUUUGAGUUUGUUCUGCUGCUGGGAAAUUCGGAGCCCGUUUGGCUGAAGAGGCUAUGGCAGCUGCCGGUCUCUGUCAUUCAGAUUGACGAGCAGUUCCCUCACGUGGACUAUAAUCUGCGUAAAAAUCAUUCGAGGAACUUCCUGAGCAUCGGUUUUGUGAAUGACUUUCCCGAGACAUUGCUCGAGCUUACUCACUUGAAUUUGAGAAUGCUGAACACGGCUCCGAUUAUUUUCGUGAUGGGAAAGCAAAAGAUGCGAGUGCAAACGCUGCUGGAAUGGUGCUGGCUGCACGAAUUCCUCAAUGUCCUGGUCCUUGAUGAGGAUUUUAAGGAAUCCCGCCACGUCAUCCACAGCUACACGCCAUUCCCCAUUCUGCAGUUCAUCGAGAGACGUCUCGAGAAUACCUCCGUACUGUUCCCGCCUCGAUUGAGGGAUCUACAUGGCUUUGGACUGCCCAUUGUGGUGGGCGGGUCUGCGCCUCGUCUGAUCGUGUAUCGGGGGGCCGAUGGGGAGCUAAUAUAUACGGGACUUGUUGGCAAUCUGAUGAAGUGCAUCGAGCAGCGGUUCAACUGUCGUCUGGUGCAGCCGCAUCCGUUUAACGAGUCCGCCAUCCCGCCAGCUCUACAACUCAUUGGGGCAGUGCGCAAUGGAAGUGCCGAGUUUGCUCUGGCGGCCAUCUAUCCGCAGAGGCCCGUCAUCGGCUAUACGUAUCCCUUCGAGCUGCUGAGCUGGUGCCUGAUGAUGCCUGUCCCGGAGGAGAUUCCACGCAGCGAACUGUACUCCAUGGUAUUCGAUUGGUCGGCAUUUCUGCUCAUUCUCCUGGCUCUGAUGGCCAUCUCUCUGGUGUUGGCCUUGGCCCUGAGGUUCCAUGGCUAUCGUGUGCGGGUAAAUGAGUUUUUCCUGCACAACAGUUGCCUGAGGGGACUGCUAGGACAGUCUUUUGUCGAGGUUUUUCACGCGCCCCCUCUGGUGCGAGGAAUCUACCUGGAGAUCUGUGUGCUGGGCAUUCUCAUCGCCGCCUGGUACAACUCCUACUUCUCCGCCUACGUGACGAGUGCACCGCGACGCCCACCCUUCACCAGCUACGACAGCAUUGCGCGUUCCCAAACGAAGGUCGUGGUGUGGACACCCGAGUACCGUGUACUUCUGAACUACUUCAGCAGCAUGGAGAAGUAUGAGUCCAUCUUUCAGCUCGAGCCGGACUACAAAAAGUUCAUAGCGCUGCGCGACUCCUUCAAUACGAAAUAUGGCUAUAUGCUGCCGCUGGAGAAGUGGCUGCUGAUCACCGAGCAGCAGAAGGUCUUCAGCUCUCCCCUGUUCACCAUGCGGGAGGAUCUUUGCUUCUUCCGCGCCAUUCCCAUUGUCUUUCCCAUCAAGGAGAACAGCAUCUUCCAGGAGGCCCUUGACCGCCUCAUACAGGAAGUGCUGGAAACGGGCCUGCUGAACCACUGGCGCGAAAUGGCCUUUACGGAAAUGAUCAAGGCGGGUCAGUUGAGUCUGGUCGAUCGGGGCAAGCCCAAGGAGUUUCGAGCCAUGCAACUGAUGGACUUGCAACAUAUUUCGCAGGCCUUUGGCUUGAUGUUGGCUGUGGCUACUCUGGUGUUUCUUUGGGAGCUGAUGUGGUUCUAUCGUCAGCGAAUCAGGGUGAGAGCCAUGCAGAUUUUGUUGUAUAGAAAUUAGUGUGCGACAGAAUCGAUUUUCGCUUUUAUUACACUCGGAGAAAAGUGAAAUAAGAACCCAUGCGGGUGGUAAAAACUUUUUCGAAGCA